AUGUUAUGUUGCGAAUGUCUGAACUCACACGAGGUUUUUAGAGAUACUGCAUUCGCUGGACACAAGGUGACUCCAGUCAAACAGUUUCAAGCGGAAGAUUACGAAGCCUUGUUAAAGCGAAAGGCCUUCUGCACUGAGAAGUACCACGAGAAGGAAGUAACCAGAUUUUACUGUCGCGUCUGCCAAACUUGCAUUUGUCAAAUAUGCUUUGUUAUGUAUUUCAAGACUCAUGAAAUUGAGCUGCUAGAAACUGCAGCGGAUGAAGAAAGGGCUAAAAUUUUGGCGGGAGUCGAGUUCAUGAACCACAAACAGGAAUGUUGUAGGGAGCUUAUACUACAGUGCGAGGAGACAGUCGCUAACCUGGAAGCCAACAUCGCAUCCGCUAAAAGCCAAGUCUCUCAAUCAGCCAAACAAUUGAUAGCUGUGAUUCACGAACGCGAGCGCGAGGCAAUUACCAUUCUCGACAACACUCGCGUGUCACGAAUGCAGAAAUUGGAUGCUGUGAAAAAACAAGUUCAACAGCUAGAAAAACAGAUUAAACAAGCGGCAGAGUUUGCAAGUGAACUGGCUCAGAGAAGUUCGAGUGCAGACAUAAUAGGAAACAGAAGGAAUUUACAGGAACGAUUUGAAGAGCUUCGCAAAACUCAACUGCCCGCUCUUCCAGCUAGCUCGUUUUUAAAGCACGUGUCCACUUUUGACCCGGAUUCUCUGAGCCUUGGGUUCAUAGUGUAUGGUAAUACAGACCCAAAGAGAUCAACAAUUGAAGGGUUGAAACAAACUUUCCAAACAGGAGUAGAAGCAACAAUUUCUAUCCGCCCCAAAACACGUGAAGGACAAAUCAGUAACCGGCAACAUGAGGAUCACGUUGAAGUUCAGGUGGAGCCUGCUGACCAAUUGGCAAGUUGGACCAUCAACAAAAAAGCAGACGGAAAUUUUCAGGUGAAAUUUGUGCCUAAACUUCCAGGUGCCUACCAAAUAUCCGCAAAUAUAAAUGGUGACAGCCUUGCUCAAAGUCCCUUUACUGUUGUGGUAGAUAAACGAAAGCUGGAAGUUGAUGGUGAGUUCCAGUUAACGCAAAAUGAAACUCUUCGAAAGCCAGCAGGAAUUGCAGUGAACUGUAAUGAAUUAAUUGCCAUAGUAGACUAUGGGAAGGGCUGUAUUCUAACAUGUGAUAAAGAAGGAAAGAUUGUGCGAAAAGUGGGCUGCAACGGAGAGAAUCCUGGGCAGCUGAGCGGCCUAGCUGACGUGACAUUCAUUAAUGAUGACGAGAUUCUCGUGGCAGAUCAAUUAAAUCACCGAGUACAGCAGUUCAACGUGCAUUUAACAAACGUAUUAAACAGUUUUGGUCGGUCUGAGACAGGAGAGGGAGGGUUUCAGCAUCCUAUUAGUGUUUGUAUGGAUGGAAAAGAAAACAUCAUUGUAGCUGACUAUAGCAACCACCGAGUUCACAUAUUUACAAAAGAUGGUGCACCCAUGCUGAAAUUUGGAGACAGCGGCCCGGAAAAACUGAAACUUCCUGUAGGCUGCGUCUUUUACAAAAACAUGUUUAUUGUUGCUGAUAGUGGCAACAACUGUUUAAAAGUAUUUAACUUUUCGGGGAAGUUUUUGCGAAAGAUUGGACAAAGAGGCAAUGCAGACGGACAGUUUUUAAAGCCGCAUGGAGUGUGUGUAGACCAACAUGGAAAUAUUUUGGUUAGCGACAUAGAGAGUGGUCACGUGCAACAGUUUACUAUAGAGGGUCGCUUUACUGGAAAAACUGUUACUAAGCUAACAGGGCCAUGGGGUAUGGCUACAAUGCCUGAUGGUCGUAUUUUAGUUUGUGACUUCAGUGCCGGAAAGGUUAUUUUCUUGAAAUAAGACUUACCUUGAAAACAUCCUGUUGAUACGUUAAUAAAGGACGUCAGACUUUUAUAUCAAUUUUAUGUUGAUAAGCACAUUUCAAAGAGCAUAUUAGAUUUGUGCCUUUUAAACAAUCAUAAUCAUACUCGUCAUCGUCAUCGCACAGUCCUCAUCACCAAAAUGAUUGCCUUCAAAGUGGCCAGGUGAUAAACGUAGCCAUGUGACAAUAUUAAAUAUAGUUUACGUCAUAGCAAGUGCGACGUACAAGGUUAAUUAUAUUAUCACGAGUUGUUUGUGUCAAAACCCGAACGACCGAGGUACGAAGAGUGAGGACUUUUGACACAAACAACGAGUGAAUACAAUGUAUUUAUUUCAUGUCGGUAGUACAUACAGCCCCUAUGCCUUUUUGAGGUUGGUCGCUGUCAUCUGUCAUCAGAUCAAAAAGUGGUGGCGUCAUCAUCCCAAUCAUGUUAAUCACGUCACAAGAGUCUUACAACUUAGAGGAUGUAGUCAGGUUGCUGAUCAAUUAUGUGUGAAAGAGUCGUCAAAACCUGCUUGCUUAUUUUGUUUGUUUUUAAAUCUAGAGGGCCUUAUGAAGAGUUUUUCAUUUCUGAAAAUUUAACGUGUUUGUAAUGGAGCUUAGGCCCGAGUUAUUUCAUCUAUUUGCAACUGAGAUUGAACUUUUUUGAAAUUUAAAAAGGUGCUUACAAAGAAAGCUUUGAAGUGUGAAAGGUGUGCUUCCUGUAUGCAUUGAUUAGUGAUGGUCUGCUAGGGUGUAGGCCCGGCGGGGGGACACUCAAGGGAAGUUUGGGUAGAGGUGUGUUUCAUUUUAGAGUUCUUGAUUUGUUUUAUUUCAGACCUCAGUAACGCUGAACAAAAGGUUUUCUGACUACUCAAGGAGACCUUCAAACCCCGACCCUGUUUAAGUGAAAAAUUGCUCAUUUCGCUACCCUGUUUAAGACAGGAGACACUACUUUCUGACCCUGAUUUGUUUUGUUUUGCAUACCAGGGUCAAGUACAAAUCUUCUGGUUGGUCGGUUAAAUUACCUUGUUGUGAUAUAACAAGACUAGAGAUUCCCGGAAUCGACUAACAAUAGAAUCGAAGGGUGUGUUUCACAAAUUGCUCUCCACAAAUCAUACAAGGCAAGGUCUGCUUUGCAUUUAAUUUUUCGAUGGAACCUCUCCUGAAAAACCUCAAAAAACAUGUUGAAUGUUCGAUUUGCUUGGAUAAUUUUACCGAGCCGAAAACUAUUUCGUGUCUUCACACUUUCUGCUGUGAAUGUCUGAAGUUAUGA